GUGGGAAAUCCCCUAUAAGGAAAAAUAUCUUGGGCUAACCUGUUUACCUGUAGGCUGUUUACAGUUUAACCUAUUGGCUACUCUUUAACAUAAAACAGACAUAGUUUUCAAUUGAUGGAAUGAGUUAUAUGUAAGAAUCCCCCCAAUAAAGUACAGUAGAGAAAUGUGAUAUUGUACUAUCCAAGAGUAUAGAGAUAUGGGUUUAGAAGAAGAAAGUUUGCAAAGCAUAUCUUCACACAUAUCACUAAAUGAUGAAAGAAACAAAAAGUUACAGAAGGAAGGGAAGAACUACAGUUUAAGCCUAAUACCAGACUUAGAUAUGACAUUACAGUGUGAAAGCAAGGCUGAUAAUUGGACAAACUAUGGGCCAAACGUCAAAACAUUAAUUGAUAGGUCAAAACAAAUAUAUAGAAACAGUAAAAGCAAGCGACGACAAGAAUCAAAAUCAUUGUACAAGGGUGCAUUAAAAUCCAAGGUUGAACAUGAAGAAAAAAGAAAAAAGAAUAAUGAAACCAAUUAUUCAAAACAGUCAAAAGAUAAGUUAGGGAAUGAAAAAGAACUGUGUCAUGAAAUGGGAGAGAGAAAAGACUUGAAUGUUAUCUAUCCAGUUGCUGGUCAUGGUAAAUCUACAGAGAAUGCUAAACAGUCAAAACCUCCAUACGCAGGAAAAUUUUCUCAGAAGGAUCUGGAAGAUUUCAGUAAAUUGACAAAACUGACAAUAGAGGCAUAUUAUUUCAAAUGUGAAGAUAAAAAAUCUCAAGCUUCAUUGGUCGAGGAAACCAAAGGAGGUUUUCCUAAACCACAGCAACCUGUUAGUGAGACCUACAGCACACAUCAUUGUCAGUUAACCUACCACACACGUCAUCGCCAUCGUAGUGAAACUAAUGUAAAACAAACAUGUGCUCAGCCAAUGGAACAUGAGGAAUAUAGUGAAAAAAGAGAUCUAUCUAAAGAUGAACGCCAAGGUUUUGGUGAUCUUAAGACAAAGGCACUUAUAAAAGGAAUGUACAGGAACAAGAAUGGUACAUUAGAUGUACUCCUUAGAUUGAUAAGUGAUGGGGUAUUUACUGUAGAUCAGGUCCAAAAGGCUAUGGAAUUCAUUAUCAAAACACAGCAAUCAAAGUGUAAAAUGGACCAGACAAACACCAAUAGUAAAGAAUCCUGUCAGAAAGAGAGUCAGAAACUCCUUCAGGUUUGUGGUGAAGAGAAAGAAGAUUAUUAUGAAAGAGAAAAAAUGGACCCAAUGAAAGAGGAAGGAGAACAGUAUGAAAUGGACCCAAUGAAAGAGGACGGAGUACAGUAUGAAAUGGACCAGAUGAAAGAGGAAGGAGUACAGUAUGACUUGGACCAGAUGACUGAUAGCUGUGUUAAAGAUCAAAUGGAAAAAAUAGUGAAACAAAAUGCACAAGAAACAAAAGAUGUAAUGGAGAAAUCUUUUGCAGUAGAAUGUAAUGAAGAAGAAGUUUUGAAAGAUGAAAAAGAAAGUGACAAGACAGAAAUCCUGUCAAAACAUGAGUCAUGUGACAGCUGUAAAAAAAUACAUUUCACAAAGUCUAAAAGACAAAAAAAACAAGGUAAAGGUAAAGUAAGAAAAAGAAGCACCAUUAGAUUGAACAGUUUCAGAAACAAUGAAUCAACAGAGGGUAAUGUUACAUGUCAGUAUAAAAAGAUGCACACCAGAAAACUAGGGAAACAUCUCACAUGUAAAUAUGAAAGACUUUUUACAAGAAAACAACAACCACAACAUGCAGGUGAAGGUAGAAUAAGAUAUACAAGAAAACAGCCACCACAUUUCACAAGUACAGCUGUUAGCAGAAAACUGCGACCACAUUUCACAAGUGAACAUAGAGCAUUUAGAAGAAAACAGCAACCACACGGAAGACAAUCAACAGGAGGCCAUUUCAAUGCAACUGAUGGACAAAGGGGAAAGGGAGAUAAUCCUUCCAAUGAGUUGACUGACAGUGACUCUGGUCAUUUUACCAGUCGUGGGAGUCAGAAAUCUGAUGAACAAGAAGAAACAGAAAAAGAAAAACACAGAAGAGAUGAUGAUGAAAAAGACAAAGAUGAAAACGAGGAUCCUCCACUUGAUAAUGGUAACCAUGGUGAUAAGAAAGACAGAGUCAGCAGAAAUCUUGAUGUGAUAACUAAUUUUAAGUAUCGAAGAAAACAUGGAAGUUUGUCUGGAGGAGAAAGUAAACUAAGUGACAUACUGGGUCUCAUGUUAAAUGAAACAGGGGAAUUGAAAGUUCCACCUGACAUCUUUGAUGAGAUCAAUUUAUGUCUAAUGACAAGUAUGCUAGUUAAAUCAGCAGGGGAGACAACUACAUGCUAUAUUUGUACCCACCUUUCUGCACUUAUUUGCCAUUUUGGUUCAUGCAGUAUGGGAUACCAAGAUUCCUGUUCCAUCUGUAUGACUUUGUUCAAACUAAUACAAAAGCAUGUUUCAAUCUGUGGAUUGUCAGAUAGUUUUACUUCAGAUGUCACAUGUCCAGUUAUCAUUUGUGUCAAACUGAAGAGAGCAGAGAUAGCAGACAAUAAUGAGAAAGUAUGGAAGAAAUUAAAAAAGAAUUUGGCAAGGUUUGCUAAUCCUGAGGCAGCAGAUGAUGAUCCAUUUUCAAGUCUUGACAGCAUCUCUAGUAUCAAAAGUUUAAAUAUGCCACGCCAUCAGCGACUCAGUACAGUAAGUCGUCCAGUGCUAGAAAGCAUUCCUGAACUUAGAAUGGAUAUGAAAAGAGGAACAUCAAGCCAAAAACAAGGAAGUAAAAAGGUGUCCAAGUCUGAGCCAUUAAUGAGAAAGAUGCCAGAUGGUAGCACUGUAAUGAUGACAUCCAAUCUUCCAAAAAGACUUCAACAGCUGGAUGAACCUACCUCUCUUCCACAAAGUCAAACAAAAUCAAGACAUCGUAGUGUCACAAUAGACAGACCAUUUCCAAGAGAUAUAUUUACAGACAGCACUGACUAUCCCCUUUAUCCUGACACCCACCUAUAUGAAACCCUCCCUCCAGCAGAUUAUAUUGUACCUAGUCGUACACCUGAUUCCAGUAUUCAUCUUCCUCCAGAGGCUUAUCAGUUACCAUCAGAUUCCAGUGUUCAUACCUCUUUACCUGUGGUGAGAGAUGAAUCUUUAGAACUGGCAUCAGGUGGUAAUAAUCAGGAAUACGUUUCGCUGCCAAGUCGUGUGUAUUGUCAAUCUGAUGACAGAGUUAUUAGUAUGCAGUAUGGUAGACGGCCAGAAAUAGGGGAAAGGUACCAGUCAUUGGUUGAUAGACCAACAGGAAUACCAGGGAUACAGGACGUAAUUUAUGGUGAUAGGUCAUAUUUGUUGGGUCCUGCCAGGAUUUGGUUUGAUAUGAAAAAGGAAUGGAAAAAUGGGAAAAAAUAUGACACUAGAGAAGAAGGUGUGAUACUUCCUCAGUUUCAGGACAGAAUAAAAAUACUGAAGACAAGAUACAGUAAGAAUUUCCAGUGGGUGAGAUUAUCACAUCUGGGUAGUGGUACGUCUGGCAAGUGUCACCUGGCUAUGGACUUCAAUACAGAUUACAAAUUUUGCAUUAAGAAGAUUCACAUUUCGAAAUAUGAAGUGAAUGAACUAGAGAUUUGGAGUGAAUUAAAACAUGCUAACAUUGUACAGCUUAUUGGAACCUUGAGAAGAGGAGAAAAAAUCUAUAUCUUGUCAGAGUUUAUUGAUGGUGGCUGCUUGACAGAAACAAUUAAUAUGCAGAGAUCUAUGAAUCAUAGAAUUAGUCAGAUAACUGCUAUUAACUACUUUAAACAGAUUCUGGAAGCUCUUGUUUACCUACAAAGAAGAUAUGUCAUUCAUGAAGAUUUGAAAGCUGAUAACAUACUCGUAAGGAGUGGUACAAAAGAUGUUGUAAUAACAGACUUUGGGGUGGCUAGAAAGUUAACGAGUAGCACUGACAAACGAGGAGCGACACCUAGUGGAUCACAAAUUGUAUUCAGUCCAGAAAAAGCCAGAGGUGAAGGCCAUGGCUAUAAGUCUGACCUAUGGUCAGCUGUAUGUGUACUUGUCCAUAUGUUAACUGGUUAUCCACCUUGGGUCAGGAAAUAUCCAAAUAUUGGAGCAUUGUUAUAUGUUAUAAUUGAACAAGAGCCUGAUAUCCCAUCAAAUAUAAGUGUUGAAGUUUCCCAGUUAAUAGGUGAAGGGUUUAAUAAAGAUCCAGCCAAAAGACCAGGUGCAGAACAACUUCUUCAACACAGAGCAUUCAGAAUAUUAGAUGAUAAUAACCACGAAAUUUUGUUUUCUACUUUGUAUUCAUCUGUACAUCAAAUAACUGAUACAAAGUUAGAAACUUCAUCUGUACGUCAACUAAAUGAUACAAAGUUAGAAACUUCAUCUGUACGUCAACUAAAUGAUACAAAGUUAGAAACACCGACAUCUGCUAAGGAAGAAAAUGUUGACAUUGUCCAAGAAAUUGAAGAGGAUCUCAAAAGCAUCCGUAUUUCAAAUGACUCUGAAAUUCCAAAACAGAUUGUGAUAAGUGCAAAGAAGAAAGAACCUGAAGAAAAUGAUUCGUUAGAAAAUACAGGUGAUUUAGAAAAGACAGGUGAUAAAACUAAUUCUUCUAUAAAUAACCAUGUACAAAGAUUAGCUAUAGAUUUUGGUCUGUCAUUACCAGAACAAGUAAACUUCCAAGAAACAGAACCACCAGAUAAUCUAUUUGAAGAGUACAUGUUUGAUAUAGGAGCCAUUACAUUUAACUCAGUAGGACUAGAAGAAUGUGAAUCUACAACUGAAAAGAAGUCGUCAGACUCUGAUGUCAGUCAGAGUGACUUAGAAUUUGAAGCCCAGCCUCAUUCUGAUCUGCCUAAUUUUGCUUUACUUUUUCCUAAAGUAUUGACAGAAGAGGAAAGAGUAGAGAAGAUGGAAACAGAAGCCAUUGUUGAUGAAUUCCAUGAUAAGAUCCUGUCCCAUCAGUUAUCAAGAACAGAAUCUCAUAAUCGAUCAUUUGAUAGUUAUUUCAGUAGUCAGAGUGAGGUUUCACAGGAGAAAAUAAUAGAUCAAAUGACCAAAUCUUCUCUUGAUGUUCCUAACUUGACUGUUUUUUAUGAAAGAACUUCAUGUCCUGUCAUUUCAAGGACACAGCAGGACCAUAAAGAUUCAGAAAACUCUACACUAACAGAAAUUGCUCCAAACAGUAAUACAUUGUCUCCCCAAUCAUCUGUAAGUUCUAGCUCAGUGGAUCAGAAAGUUGAAAUUCUUCAGAGACCCACAUCCACUUCUCCUUCCAUUGUCAGUUCAAUGUUUUCUAUCGCAGAAGAAGAUGAUAUUGAUGAUGACAUUUUGUUUGGUUCAGGAGAAGGAGUUAAUCUCUUACAACCAAAUCUAAGCAGGAGUAUGGAGAAUGAGACUAGAACCAGAGACAUCUCUGUAAAAAAGACCAAUCAUGUCAAAUUGUACCUAGAUCUAAGUCCAGCAACUAAAAGGAAGCAAUUUGCCAUAGGAAGCAGGUCAGAUCCAAAUACAGCCAAUGUAAGCACAGACCAGACAUCCCCACUGCCACCAACUGCACCAUACUACACACCACAGGUUCAACGUACAGCGCCAUUCAUGACAACACCUAGAUCAAUACCAAAGACUACAUCAGGACUGGGAAGUAGUUUGGGCAAAUCUCCACCACAUACACCACAUAUUAGUAUUGAAAAUGAUACAUCUGGAGCUUGGUCCUCACCAAUAAGUCAGCAAGAAGAGAUUGAUAAAUUGAUUGAACAGAUGUCUAACAGUAACACCAGUGACAUUCUCAUGUCACAAGAAAUAGAGGAGUCUCCAAAGUUUACUUUAGAAGAAGAUGAUGACAUGGAAGCCAGUAUGUUGUAUAUACGCAAUCAGUAUUGUGCGCCAACACCUUCAGAUCAUUAUGCAUCCAGGUUGACUGUACAUUAUAAACCAGGGGAGACAUUUACAAUGGAGAUACCAGGACUGCUGGUCAAACAACAGUGGAAAGAAAUAAUUGAGAAGGAAUGCUCUGAACAUAUUCAUGAUAGAAUGGGUGUAACAAAGUUUGUUCUAUUGGACGAUAACAAUGAAUUUCUUGAUCUACAGAGAAGUCCAAGUCAGGGAGAAAUUUUUGUUUAUGUUAAAGAAGUGGAGGAUACAAGCACUGCUCCCUGGUAUUGUGAAGCUGGAAUGAUCAUGUGAUUUUUCAAAUAUAGAAAUAAUGUCGUCAAAUUUCUGCAGAUACAAGUUAUUUUUAUAUAUGACAAGUUAAUUGAACAAUUGUAUAUUCCAUUGAAAUAUUUUUUUAUAUUAAGUAUUUUCAUAUUAGAUAUAAGUUUUUUAGAAAUUGUUUUUUAUUCAAGAAAAUCAUGGUACCUGUUAAUUACAUAGUCCUUUAUUGCAUACCUAUGAAAUUGCAUAAUCCUAUUUUGCAUACCUGUUAAUUACAUAAUCAUUUAUUGCAUACUUUUUCUUUAUUUGCAUAAUCUUUUUUUGUAUACCUGUUAAUUACAUAAUCAUAUAUUGCUUACCUGUUAGUGACAUGAUCUUUUUUGCACACUUCUUCUAUUUUGGCAUAAUCCUUGAUUAUAUUCUUGUUAACUGCAUAAUCCUUUAUUGUAUAUUUGUUCAUAUAAACAUAAUCCUUAAUUGCACUUUUUAAUUGCUUAAGAAAUAAAAACUUAGUCAUUUUCCAGAUCUUCUAUAUGAAAAAAAUAUCCUUAAUUGCAUAAGCUAAUUACCACAACUGAUUGUUACUACAUUAAGAUAUUAGAAAUUAUAAAAGAAGAAAACUGUUCAUCAGUAAGGUUGCAGUUUUGUUAAUUAUCAAUAGUAAAUCAUAAUUUUUCACAAAAACCAAGUUUUCAGUAGUAUUUUGUCCCCUAUGUUUGUUUUGACAUCAUAAGUCCAUUGUCACUGUCUCUGGUGUAUUUAUUUAACAAUAUACAUGCAUUGUUCAUGAGAAGGCAAAGAAUUUUUCACAUUAUGAUAUUUUCUGUAAACUGCAGAUUCCGGUGGAUUGUGAAAUAUUCUCUGCAAUUUGAGCUAUGCAAAUAAAGAAAAUUAAAUGAUUUGUUGCAUUAAUUAGACAAAUACCAAAUAAAAUUUUCAUUUUUUACUUGUAGCAAGAAAACAAGAGCAGUGACACAAUUUGUUCUUUUUAUUUUCUUAAAGCAUAUUAUAAAACUAUCUUCUCAUAUUUCAUUUCAAAAUUCUAUCUCAUAGAUUUAUUUUAUUCACCAAAAAGUGUUUUUUUUCAUGAAUAAUCUAUGCAAAAGUGGGCAAUUUUGCACGAUUUUUAGCUUGAAAAAUAGUAGGGUGGACUCAUACUUUUUAUUUAAUAUUUGAAAAAAACAUGGUAAAAUCUACAUUUUAGCAAGGUAUAAGAAAGUUCCAUUCGAGGAAAUAUAUAUCAAUGAUCCAUCUUUAGAGGAAUCAACAAUAUCACAAUUUCCAAAUCUUUUUUUUAAUGGUUAAUUUAGUUCAGUUUUCUUUCUGAAAGUAUUGGUCACAGCCUUCUACCAAUUAUUAUUUAUAACAGAAAGGUGUAUAUUGAUAAGAGGCUUAUCAAAUUCUAAACUGAUCAUGUGACUGGUGUUUCCUAUACUGACCUUUUUCCUGCUUCCUGUACUUAUUUCUAUGAAUUUCAACAUCAGUUAGAAACUAUUUGUUUUAAAUUAAUCUUCACAUUAAAAACAUCACAAUGAUGCUAUAAAUGAUUACCAUACAUUUUUAUUUAUCAGGUACUGUUUGAAAAUUUUUAUAGAUAAAUUGUUGCAAUAGUUACUAAAUUGACCAAGGUGACUCACGCUUUUAAUGUUUUGUGUAAUAUGAAAAUUUUGAAGGAAAAAAAUACAUGUGAUGGAAUAAUGAUAAUUCAUAUAAAUUUAAUAAAUAAUAAAAUACUGAGAAAAAUACCGAAAUGAAUAAUAAUAAUUAUUCUUAUAAACUUAAUAAAAUGAUUUGUAUAGUGAAUGACAAAACAUCAAGAUUUUUGUACUGAUUUAUUGAUUGUAAAUAGAGUAUUGUUGAUAGAGUAUAAUGACAAAAAAUGUACAAAAAAAAGUUUUAUUACAAUAUUUAAAUAUAUUAACUAUAGAAAAUGCUUUACUGGUGAGGUUUGUAUAAAACAGAUUAUAAACCAAAUUAGGGACCAAAGGAAUUUACAUUAACCAAAGAGAAUUGUAGAAUUACUGAAUGCUUACUUUGUAUUACCUUUUAUUAUUAAGUUGAUGUUUAUUUGUUAUUUUCACUAUUUUUAUUUGGAUUUAUACAUUGAAGUGAAUGAGGAUGAUCAGAGUGCCAUCAAUGUUAACAUUCAUGUCUGCAUACACAACCAGUUCACAGAUUGACAUAUAUUUAUCUGAUUUGAUGGACAAUUAUAUCUUGUAUACAUAGUAGGCUAAGAUGAAUGUUACAAACCCUAUAUUGCAUGGUUCACUUGUUUUGAGUAAGUUUUAAGCAAAUUAUGGUAGUCCAUGUCCCCACCAUCAAAAUUGUGUAGCUAUUAGAUGAAUUUGCUGUAUGAUAACUAAGAUAAAGUUUAAAGUCUGAUUUCAGUUCUUGAAUACAUAUAAUAUGCUAAGACAAUGCAUCCUGGGCGUGUGUAGCAGUAACCCCAGGGGCCCUAUUAGAAAAAGGUCAUUUGUCAUUGACUUAAAUACAGUUUUACACAGGAGUUGAAUUUGUAGAUUAUAUGGGGUCGGUAAGUUAGUGUGAUAACAAUUUGAAUUCAAUUAUACAAAAGCUGGGUACUCUUUCAUUCAUUUCCUGAAGUCCAUACCUACACAGCAAUUGAUAAAAUAUUGCUAAAUUGUAUAUUUAAAUGCACACAUUUUGAGUUCAAAAUUUUACUACUUGGACACUGACAAUUUAUAGAAAUUGUAUGAUUUUCUUUAAUGGUGAACAGCCUCAAAAGUGGUGCAUUUAUAUAUACUGUUUAACUGUUAUGGCAAUUUUAAUGAGGGAACAAAAACAAUAAUCUUCUACAUUAAUUGCAAGAUGAUAAAAAAUAAAUCAACAGUGCACAUUUAUUUGAUUUUAAAAAUAUUUACUAAUAUUCAUUUUGAAUUUUUACACUUUAUAUUUCUGAAUAUGUAAUGUUUCUUGCUUGUACUAGAAUAUUAAAGAAUAUUUUAACCUGCAA